GGCGACGGCGGCGAGGACUCCGUCAAAGAGUUCUUCCGAACGUCUGCCUCCAUGGCCGGAACUCCACAACAUGUGGCGUGGAUGAUAAGCGAAAGAAUGGAACAUCCUAAGCUUUGGCUAUGUUGUCUGGCGCUAUGGCUAUUGUCGACGAGGAUAGGAACCUUAGUGAUGUGCGGGAGGGCAAGUUUGUCAAAAGAUUUCCCAUUUUUGCAGAGCUUCCCACAUAUUUCACCCCAAAAGAGAGAAGAGAUAGUGAGGUCAUGGUCUUGUAGCUCCAUAAAGCUCCUUAGGAUUUUAUUCAUGUCCAUGAAAAUCUUGGUUCUUCUCACCUUCUUCACUCAGGUGAAUGAAAAGAAUGGAAACUUAUCAUGGAAGGCGAUAGACUACACAGGCCCUCCACACCCAACAUGGAAGAGCAACAGAUCAUCAAUGAAAACCACCAGAACAAGAACAGGAACAAAGACACAAGAGAGACGAAGACCCCAUCGUCCUCGGGCCGCUCCACCGAGGAAUUAUCGACCCGACCCGAGAACCCACUGAGCAAGUCCUCCACAGGCUGCUAAAAAUGGAAUUCCCCAUUUCACUCAACCCGAAAAAGAAGAAACCGCAAGACCCGACGUUCGUCGUCGAAUGCAACGCGGUGGUGGUCGGGUCGGGCUCCGGUGGCGGUGUCAUCGCCGGAGUUCUAGCCAAUGCAGGCCACAAAGUGCUCGUCUUGGAGAAAGGCAAAUACUUCGCGAGAAGUGGGCUCUCGCUCUUGGAGGGACCCACUCUAGAUCAAAUGUACUUAGGGAACGGCCUUCUGGCAACCACCGACAUGGACGUCUUGGUCCUCGCCGGAGCAACCGUUGGCGGCGGAUCAACCAUAAACUGGUCCGCCUCCAUCGAGACACCACCCCACGUUCUCAAAGAAUGGAAAGAAGUCCACAAGCUGCAAAUAUUCGAAAGAGAGGCUUAUAAACAGGCCAUGGUGACAGUCUCCUCAAAAAUGGGAGUCUAGAGCGAGGAGGUUCAAGACGAAGGGUUCCACAACACGGUCCUGAGGAAAGGGUGCGAGGAGUUAGGCUACCCCGUGGAGACUAUCCCGCGGAACACUCCGCAGGAUCAUUACUGCGAAUGGUGCGGAUUUGGAUGCAAGGAUGGCAAGAAGAAAGGGACGGCGGAGACGUGGCUGGUGGACAUGGUGGAUUCCGGCAACGGGGUGAUACUUCCGGGAUGCGAAGCCCUAAGGGUGAGCCACCACAAGAACAACGGGAAGAAGAAGAAGAAGAGAAGAGCGGAUGGGGUGGUUUUCGUGUUCAGGAAGAGGAAUGGGGUGAAAGAAAUUUGGAUGGUGAAGUCGAAGGUGACGGUGGUGCCAUAUGCACUCCAUCGCUGCUAAAAAACAGUGGCCUGAAGAACAGAAACAUUGGCAGAAACUUGCAUCUUCAUCCUGUGGUUUUUGCUUGGGG